UGUCAAACUAUCAGUCGAUCACGAGGUGCACAAUAUUUGCUUCUUUGUUAUAAUAUGUGGUUAUUUCGUGACGAAAUAACAAAGAUUACUUGGAUUUAAGAUAAUUAUAUGCAUUAACAUUUUGAAUGUGGAAAGUGGCACCAAAGAAUUGUGAGGCAAAGUUGUUCGAACUUGAGAAAGACAUUUGGUGAAGUGACUGGGUGGGGCGAACAUCGAGAUCAACUUGUUCGACGGUAGACAGUGAUUGUCUAGGCUGCAUUUCGGCCAUAGUGUCGGUGCAUGAAGGUGAACAGGAGGAAUCUGGUGGAUUGUUACAUUUACUGGACUGAGCAAGAAUGUUUGAACACUUUUGCUGCUGUUUAACAGAUAUGUUGGAAUAAUUGGUUAUGGACUGGACAUUUUUGUGCCCUGUUAUGGCAAUGGUUUCAGUGGGUGGAAUGUUUGCAUUUCGAAGUUUUUGGACCAGGAAUUUGCGAACUGAGUGGUUCGUUAUUCUCUUGUGCUUGAGAAAGCCGGCGUCUUUUGCCAUGGCCUUGAGCAUCUGACCUAGCUUGUUGACACUCAAUUGUUGACGCAAGAACCACUGGGAUGCAGUGUCAUUUGUGCAUAUUGCCAGGUAGAAAGGGUGCUAACUUGAAGAAAAAUCAGAUGGACGCAUAUCCGAGUACAGCUUGUAAAUUAACGAAGGAUUUCUUGGUCCAGAAAAUUGUUUUUACGGUCAAAGGGGAGCAACUCGAACUGACUGCUUCAAAGGGGAUCAACAACAACAAAACUUAUUUGCAACAUAGUGUUAAAUUUACCUAAUACUAGAGGUUUUAAUGACAAUAAAUGACAACAAACACGUUUUUUACUACAUUUCUUUGUUAUAAGGUCAUUUAGAUUGACAAACAUUUGAGAUUGUUUUUAUUAUUGAUGCACUUGGCAAAUACAGAUGACGAGGUGCGUGGGAAAAAGUAGUCCCAGUUCGUCAGUUGAUGACGUCAUUUCGUGCCGCUGAUUACAGCUGUGCCAUUGAUUAUAGAUGAAAUUUAAUCAAUGAGGCUUUAAUCAACCGAAUUCGCUGUAAAAGUGGGAUAACAAAUAUUACAUAAUUUGUAUAAAUAAAAUGUUUUACAAGGAACGUGAUCUUAAGGAAUCAACUGUAUAUCCAAUAAUGGAAAUUCAUUUACAGUUAUAAUGAAACUCCAUAAACAUCAUCAGGAGAGAAUAAUUUUUGAUCCACGCUAGUAUUUUAUUCAAGGAAAGUGACCAAUCGACCAUGCAAGAAGGACGGUUGAAUGCCGCCUCGGACCUCACACUUAGCUAACUCAAGCAUUAAUCACUUAAAAUGGGAGCCACAAUAUUAUCACCACAUAUAAAAUAGAAAACAAAAGCACACAUAUGAUUUAUCCUUAGGUCAUUGUCGUUGAACGGUCAUUGCAAAAACAAAAACAUUGUAAUCCUUAUUUUACAUAUAUGAAGAUUAAAAACAAAAGCAUAGCAGAAAGGACAAUGAUAUAGCAUUGCAACUAGGUUAAAGUAAUAGAUAGGUGUAGAAUACAUGUACCGAAACAUUGCGAUGUUUAAUAAUAAGAACUUUAAGGUUAAGGUAUGCAUCAAACGGUGAAACUUUAUACAUGUAUAUUAAAGUGUGUUAAGUUGGAAAGCUAGCAGGUAUUAACCACCGCUUUAACAUAGAACAUUAUCUGAGUGGUAUGAACGGUGCAAUAUACAAUUGAUUUAAAGGUUAACGACCUAUCGAAAUGUAUAUAUCUUAAUUGGUUGACACACCAUACGGAGGAAACCAAUAUUUCGUAGACACUAUGCUCUGAAUACUUUGUAAACGCUGAACAAGAUUUUCGACAUGGGAUGUAUCACCAUCGCAACUGCAUCACUACUGAUCAUUGGCGUUUCCGUAGCUAAUAGGACAGAUGUCAGACAGAAACAUACAAUUCACGCAAAUGAAGACUGGAGUCCUAUCCAGGUAUUGAUAUUCGAGUGCGGGGUUGACGUCUGUGACACAGGAGUACAUUUCUGUGACCACAGUCAGACGUACCGCACGUGCGUACCGUGCGCUAGAGUUAGUCAUCACUGCUUCUCCGUGCACCAGCAAUAUAACUGCACGUCUUAUUGCAUGGACCAUUGGAGAAAGAAACAGUCAACAAAGUGCAUAGCGACACAGGCGCAAGAUUUGUUUAUGUGGCCAUUCAUCCUCUGUGCGAUUGUGCUUCUAAUAAGUGUUGGACUGUUGAUCGCAAGUUUGAAAGGGAUGAUUCCACCUAAUUCGUAUAAUGUCUGCUGUCCAAGUAAGAACAUUGACAGCCAAAACAACGUAGAACAAAGAUCGAACUGCGAUGGUCAGGCGGCGGAAAAUGAGAGAAUGAUUGGACCAACAGAUGGGCAGAUUGAGGGUAGUCCAGCAAAUAAUGUUGCAAAUCGCGUAUCAAAUAAUCCUAUUCAUAAUUGUGAUAUUCAACCGGAUUUUGGUAGUGAUGAACACGGCGUUCCAAAUGGAGGUUACCAGAGCAGUCAGAGAACUGUUGGUACCAGCACCAUCAGUCACUCGCCACCAAACCAACGUUCGCAACCCAUGGUCUUCUGUCGAUGCCAUCGACGCGCAUUCCCUGUUGAUCAAGAUAUGUAUCUGAAUGACAAUCAAAUGCCUGAUGAACUGUUAAAUGCGUUGAUAAACUUGAUAAAGACUAAUGGCAACACGAUAUUGAAAACGCUUGCCAAUGAUACAGGUCCGCGUCGUGAACUAUCAAAACCCGUAUCAACAGAAGGAGCAGACCAUGGGAUCUUUCAUCCCGAUGACACAUUCAACAAAAGGCCGAUCUAAACAUCUUGCAUUACAUGCAUGCACGACUUGAAUAAAGAUCUGUCUGUAAUCAGUCGUGACUCAUUAAAUGAUGUUUGCCUUUAUCGUUGACCAUUUGUUCUUGUCUGUCUUUUAUAAUGUAUAGAAUUAUGCAUUUUAAAAAGUUAUUCGAAUAAAUUUUUAUUACAUUUUA